CACCGGCAGUGAGGAGGGGAGGGUGCGUUCGGUUCACUGUCCCCGCCCCGUCAGUCUCCGCUGCAGACUGAUUGAAUAAUGUAUUUGUGUCCUCGCGCCAGCCUCCUGGAAACAACCUAAGUUACACUACACAACACACUAUACAUUUCACUUGCGUGUCAAACUCUUUAGAAACUUGUACUCAAAGUUCUGCGCGCAGAGCACUUUUUUUUUUUUAUCCAAGUACGCGAUGCGUAAUUACGCACGGGACUAGGGGAAUGUGAGACGGUGGCACUUUCCCCAUCGCGCGCACAUUUGAGAACACUUCGUUUGCAAAGACAACAUCUAUGCACGGCGUCAUCAGCGCGGCCAGAUCCACAUCUCCCCCUCAGCUCCAAACUCCCAAUUUAACCACCCAGUGCUCUAUGCGCACAGGACAGGAUGGGCUGCUCCACCAGCUCCCAAACUGCAGCCGUGGAUCCAAGUCGACCCAGUGCGAAACCCGAGGAGAGCAACGGAACCAGCACCACAGGUGCGGUCAGCGACAGCGGCAAAGCAGCAGAGGACAGUGAAACUAUACCAGACCAGAUGCCUGUGGAGGAGAGCACUAACCCUAAACCUGCAGAGGAAGCUGCUGCAGCUGCUACGACUGCAGAAGGCACCACUGCAGCUCCAUCGGCAGGGGAGGAGAACAAGCCUGCUGCAGACAGCCCUCCUGCAGCAGCACCUGUAGAUGUUACAGCAUCAACUGCACCAUCAGAAGUGACGCCUCCUGCAGAGCAGGCAACACCUGCAGACACGGCAGCACCAGCAGAGGCAGCCGAUGCAUCUGCUGUAUCUCCACAAGAAAAGACUGAGACCACAGCUGCAGAAAACUCAGAGUCCAAAACAGAGACACCAGCUCCCACUGAAUGAGGUGCAAAGUGCACACAGCACAGACGUGUUCUUCUCAAAGCGUCCCACCUCAUCUGUAUGCAUGACUGAAAGUUUGAGCACUGAGCGUAUGUGAGCGUGUGAAUAACCGCAACAUGGUGCCAAGACGCAGACCCCGUGACAUCUCAGUCGUCACUGUGCCUCCUGCUCCCCACAAUGAAGUACAGCUGCAACAGCUGCCCACAAACUGUACAUAAAUCUCAACAGAACUUAGCAAUUGUGUCUAAUUUCAGACAAUGUAUAAUCUUUUACAUGAACUCAAAUAAUCACUGAAAAAUUCUAUUUAUUUUCCUGUACAUUUAUGAUAGUGAUUUGUGAAAUGUGUCUUUAACUUGAUUCCACAAAUGCAUUCUGUACUUUUCUGCAAAAUUAUAGCUAAAACUGAAGCCAAAAUACAAAUAAUCAUGAAAUGAUCUUUUUGUGUAGGUGGACUUGAUUUUUAUUGCAUGUUGAUAAUGAAUAUAAAAAUACUGCACACCAUAGCUGUACAACACUGUGCAAAAGUCUUAAGCACCCUAAUGUAGUUUUUGGCAUUUUGUAUUCAUUAGUAUGUCAGUAAAAUAUAUCCAAAUGCUAUUUUUUAAUCUAAUCUCACACAAAAUUUUAAGAAAAUAAUAUUAUAGUUCUUUUAAGAUUUUUAAGAAUCUGACUUUGUAGGUUUGCAGCUCACCACAAUUCCUCACAAACUGGAUAGUAAUCAAUGAUUUAAUCAACAUGAUUUUCCAAUAAAACCAUGAUAUAAUUCAUAUAAAGGAAUUCAAUUUAUUUGCUUUCUAUCAGUCAUGUUUAGAAACUUGAGAUUUUUUGUAAUUAUGCCUAAGAUAUUUGCACAGUACUCUACGAACACAGUUUGAGUAUCCUACUGAUUCUAAACACCAAUGUGGAUUUUUGACAGGAUAGUGUUUUUUUCCCCUUAUAAUGUGUAAUUUAUCUCCAAUCUU